AAGGAAGAUCCCAAGCUGGCCCUUCUCUUCCCGUGGCUCCGGAGGAGGAGACUUUACACGUGAUUGGCGUCUCUUUUUGCAAGAAGGAGAAUCGGCGGCGUAAGAUGGCAGCCUGGAGAUGUUCUGCAUCCGCUUGGCAGAAUCUGACCAAAAGGGAACCAAUCCCUUGGAGAAUAUGGAUUAGGCAGAGAUUUACAAGGUCCCGAAUUCCAGAAUCGGUAUUUCAACCACAACCUGGUGAUCAUGAAAAAUAUGGUGGUAAUCCAGAAGAGCCUCAUAAACUACAUCUUAUCACCAGGAUCAGAAGUGGAAUGAGGCGUCCUUAUUGGGAGAAAGAAUUGCUUGAAGAGCUUGGAUUAACAAAAAGAUUUGAUCCAGUGGUACUUAAAAACAUCCCUUCUGUGAAUGCAAAACUGAAAGUCAUUAAACACCUAAUAAGAAUAAAGCCAUUAAAACUGCCUUAUGGAAUUCCAACUGAAGAUGAAAUACCUGAUACCUAUCUUAACAAAGUCACAGGUGAAUUGAUAGUUUGUCGCCAUCUAAAAGAAGUGGAAAAGAACACCUCUGAUUCUUCAUAAUAAUGUAUUAAUACUUUAUAUAAUAAAUGUAAUAUUAAGUUGAGAAUUGUAUUCUGUAAUUGCCACUAGAGGCAUAAUAUAUAUGUUCAUUUUUAGAACAAUUUCUCUAGACUUAACUGCCUUCUCAUAAAAUUAAAUAGCAUUAUUACUGAAGAUAAAAAUAAUUUAUCUAGUAUUUGGGCAUAAUUUCUACUUAAGCUGGCUAUUAUAAAUGUGACAGUAUGAAUAAUAAGUAAAUGCAACAGCAGCAGCUUUUGAGAUAUAUUUUGGUAUCUACAAAGUUUAUAGAAGAGUGUAACUAACCAAACUGAAUUUCUGUGACGGUUAAACUAAUUUGAAUUUGUUUUGCUGACCGUUGUUAGUCAGAUAAAAGUUAAUUUUUAAGGUAUGCAAUUGUGAAUAACAUACAAAAAUGCAACGUUUCAGAAUAAAGUGUCAUCAGGCAGAUAUAGUCAAUGGUCAGUUAAUUGUAAAUAGGCCAUGUUUGGUCCAUUUUCAUUCCCCACCUCCCCAAUAAAAAAUAAUUAUGAGUUCUUCCCAGUAAUCUUACCUCUAUUUUUUAGUAUUUUGAUUGUUUGAGGAUCCUCCUUUUGUAACUGACCCUUAGGCCUGCAACCAGAUUUGUUCCUAUUGGGAUUUUUCGGGUAGGUGUAUUUCUAUAUCUUGUUUCAUGUCAGCAAUUCACUUGAAAUCAUUUAUAUCUGUUUUUCCCACCCUUUCAUUUGGGGAAGUUUUCCAUUUUCAGACAGAAUUCUUCUUGAAUACUGUAUAUGGAUGGUGUUCUUUUACCCUGGCAUGUACCAAAUUUUACUUAUCCCAUUUUUGGUUGGUAAACAUUCCAGCUGAACUAUUGUGUUUGGAAAAUCCCUGUAUGUUUAAAGACAUCUGGUUCUCCUGACAUUUAUUUCACCUUUUUUAUUAACAUAAUUUUGUAUAUAUUUUUUGUUUUAUGGGAAAUAUGAGAUUGCUUCCUGGACAGUUUAUAUUCUGUUCUUUGCCAGGAAAUCCAUACUAAACAGCUUUUAAAGUAUUAAAAUUAAAGCACGAAUGAAGGUCUAUUUAGAAGCUGAUAGCACAUAUUUUCAGGUCUAUACUUCCUCUUUUUUCACAAUACAUACACAGUCCAGAAAUAAUGUAGCACAUUUCUAAUUCAUUGCUCAAAUUUUAAGUCUCUUACCAGAUCUAGUAUAUUACUUUGAAUUAAUUUUUUUAUCUCCUCGUGUUAGUUCUAUGAAUCAAUAAUGAUUGAUUGAUCACAUCAGGAAAAACUGUCAUGUGUUGAAUGUACAUUUAUCCAGUCUAUGCAUAUAAUGGAAAUUGCCCAUUACUAAACAUUUACU